GGUUGGGUAACUGUCAACCAGUUAUGGGAAUGUCAAGUAUUUUGUGAGUUUCAUAUUUGAAAUAUCGUACCAGCUAGUAUUUCCAUUUCUUAAAAAAUAUAGCUAAGCAGUUAACUUUAAAUUAACUAUGGUUUCCGUAAACCCAGUUGCGCACAAAAUCUUAAGUUAUGUUCCUUUUCUUCUUGUUCUGAUUGAUCUACAGUACGAAGGAGUAAUAUGUGGCCAGGAUGGAGGGGUGGAAAAUCAUUUGGAGAUGGGGAAGAAGCUCCUAGCUGCUGGACAGUUGGCGGAUGCACUCUCUCAUUUCCAUUCAGCUAUUGAUGGGGAUCCAAAGAACUACAUGGCCUUCUAUAGGAGAGCUACAGUCUACCUCGCUAUGGGAAAAUCGAAAUCUGCUCUUCCUGAUCUGAGCAAAGUUAUUGAACUCAAACCGGACUUCACGUCGGCAAGACUCCAGAGAGGCAAUCUUCUUCUGAAGCAGGGGAGACUAGAUGAAGCAGAGCGUGAUUUUAAGAAAGUGCUCAAGUCAAACCCUAGUGACAAAGAGGAGAAGGAAGCCCAAAGUCAGCUCAUGAAAUCGGAUGAAAUCCAGAGGAUGGUGACUCAGUCACAGGCUCAUGUUGACAGUGGUGAUUAUGUCACUGCUGCUGCCCACCUGGACCUAAUCAUUGAAACCAGCGUCUGGGACGUGACCUCCAGAGAGCUACGAGCCGAGUGCUUCAUCCAGAUGGGCGAGAUGGGCAAGGCCAUCAGCGACCUGAAGGCUGCCUCCAAACUGAAGAGUGACAACACUAAGGCCUUCUACAAACUCAGCACCAUCUACUACAACCUAGGAGACCACGAAAUGUCCCUCACUGAGGUACGAGAGUGUCUGAAGCUGGACCCGGAUCACAAGCAGUGUUACAGCCACUACAAACAGGUCAAGAAGCUCAACAAACAGAUCCAGUCUGCAGAGGAACUGAUCCAGCAGCAGAGGUACGGAGACGCAGCGAGGAAAUACGAGUCCGUGGUGGAGACGGAGCCAAAUGUGCCCCAGUAUUCUCAUCAUGCCAAGGAGCGCAUCUGCCACUGUCUGGCACAGGAGCAGCAGGAUAUGAACAGAGCCAUCACAGUGUGCAGCGAGGUCCUUCAGUCUGACCCUCACAAUGUGAACGCGUUGAAGGACCGAGCCGAGGCCUACCUCCUGGAUGAACAGUACGAGGAAGCUAUCAAGGACUAUGAGAAUGCCCGGGAUCACAGUGAGAAUGACAGGCAGAUCAAGGAAGGGCUUGAAAAAGCACAGCGCCUCCUCAAACAGUCCCAGAAGAGGGACUAUUACAAGAUUCUUGGAGUCAAGAGGAAUGCACAGAAGAAGGAGAUUGUAAAGGCUUACCGGAAAUUGGCACAUCAGUGGCACCCAGACAACUUCCAGGACCCCGAAGAGAAGAAGAAGGCAGAGAAGAAGUUCAUUGACAUUGCCCAGGCCAAGGAAGUGCUCACUGACCCAGAGAUGAGGCAGAAAUUUGACCACGGUGAAGACCCAAUGGACCCAGAGAGCCAGCAGGGAGGUCACCAUCAGAACUUCCAUGGAGGAUGGAACGGCGGCUUCCAGGGCUUCAACCCCUUUGGCUCUGGACCAUUCAACUUUAAAUUUAACUUCCAGUGAGACCUGAGAGGCUUCCUCUUCAUCCAGCAUUGCUUGAGCUUUACCACCCUCUUUCGAGGAGACCACUUAAUCACCACGAGGUGGCAACUUGAACAGAUUAAAGAUGUGCCCUUGCUGUUCAAUUAUACAUUUUCGGAUUUCAUUGUGGAAGGAAAAAGCUCUAUAACUCUUGCUUUCUUGAGGGAUUUCACAAAGAGUUCUGGUUAAAUUCCAAAGCAACACUACACCUUUCUGUGGUGUACACACAGAACAUCUUCAUCCAUUCCUAAAACGAAUGUGUACAUAGAUACAGUACUAUUUUUAUAUAAGUGGUCAGUCAUUCAGAAUUGUAAAUAAAGAUUGUAUUUAUGCUUUA